AUGUUGAUUUACAUAUCUAAUGCAGCCAAUAAAGGGGGUGUUGUUGGUGGCACGAAAGGGACGAAUUCAAAGGUUCCGCUAGAUUCUGGAAGUAACAGAGACGAAGUGGGUGAGAAAGACAGCAGGACGGAUGGAAAUCCAGUGCUAGCUACAAGCACUAGGGCUGCCCUUACUGGUGAAAGUACUGAAGUUGGUGUAACUGUUGGAGCUAUGGUUGCUGAAGAGCAUUGCAUUGGACCAGCCAGUGGCGAAAAUGAAGUUCAAUUACCAAUUGGGAAUGAUCCUGCUAUGUGUAUUGGUAUCUCAAAGAUUGCUGAUGGUGGACAACAAUCGCAUGUUGAGAUUGGGUUCGAAGCAGAAGUGCGUAAAGGGAAUGGACUGGUUUCCCGUUGUACUGUGAUGACAAACAUAGCAGGGCGUGGAAAAGAAAAUUUCGUUUAUGAAAAUCCCAACAAAGUGGUAAAGAGGUUUCGUAGUGGUAGAUUUUGACUAUAUUCGAUAUGGUUGUAAUAUAUUAUGUCUUAAUCAGGUUUUGGGUGUGUGCGUUGGGGCAAAAACACAGCAGCGUACCGUAUUGCAACCACUCGUAGAUAGUGUAUGUAUGGCUACUCUAAUGAAUUUCUGGACUAA